AUGUUUGUAUUAAAUGUUUUAACUUGUUUUAUAUUUUUAAUUUUUUAUUUAAAAUAAUAAAUAGAAGCUUAGUAUUUCAAAGGAAUUUUACUUAUCUUUAAAAAGAUAAUAGAAAUUGAAAAUUCAUUUAUUGAAAAGUUGGUUUCGAAUAAUUAAAUAAUCUAAAAUAUAAUUGAAAAUUAUCUAUUUAGUGUAAUAUAAAUAGAAAAUAGUAUUUUACAACCAAAAUGUAAACAUCAAGAUAUAAGAAAUUUAAUGUAUAAUCUUUUAAUAAUAAUCCAAUAAUACUAAAUUAAAUAAAAUAUAUAAUCAUAUGAUAUUUAUGAUUUUAUUAAAAAAUUUAUUUAAUAAUCAUUUUGGCGUAUCAAAUAGAAAAUAAAUUGGCAAAUAAGAAUAGAAUAAGAAUAAUAAAACGAGUAAAAUACAAAUUAAUUUGUUGGAUUAAAAAAUUUAGGAAGCACAUGUUAUAUGAACUCAUUAAUAUAAUAAUUAUAUAUGAUUAAAGAAUUUUCAUAAAACCUUAUGAAAGUAAAAAUAGAAGAUGAUAAUCUUUAAGAAAAUGUAUUAUUUUAAUUAAACUAGCUUUUUAAUAACUUAAAUUAUUCUUAAAAAUAAUACAUAGAAGCAAAAGAAUUUUGUUAAGCCUUCAAAGAUUAUUAAGGAAAUCCAAUAAAUGUGACUUAAUAAAUGGAUGUAGAUGAAUUUUUUAAUACUCUAAUGGAUAAACUAGAAACUAUUCUACAAAGAAAAAAUCAAGAAAACAUAAUUAAAAACAUUUUCGAAGGCUAACUUUCAAAUGAAUUAAUAGGGGCUGAUAAUCCUUAGAUAAAAACUUAACUAGAAAACAAUACUUAUACAAAAGACAAUAGUGAAUAAGGAUGCUCACACAAAUCUGAAAGAAAAGAAGCUUUUCUUGUUUUGAGUUUACCUAUAGAAAAUAAAAGAACUCUAAAUGAAUGUUUAGAAAGCUUUGUUUAGGGAGAAAUGCUUUCUGGUGAUAAUUAAUAUAAAUGUGAUAAGUGUUAAAAAAAAGUAAAUACUUUGAAAAGAUAAUCAAUAAAAAAACUUCCUAAUGUACUUAUUAUUGCCCUUAAAAGAUUUAAAUUUGAUCUUGAAACAAUGCAAAAAACUAAAGUAAAUUCUUAUUGUAAAUUUCCAGAUAAGCUUAACUUAAAAUAAUAUACUCAAUAAUACAUAAAUGAACAAGAAAAAAGCAAAAUAAUAAUCGACUAAGAUGAUUAAGAAUAAGACAAUAAAACAGACAAAGAAAAUAAUAAUAAUAGUAUUAAUGAAAAUAACCAAGAAGAACAAUAAAAAAACCCUGAAGAAGAAAAAAACAGUAUUGAAUAACAAUCAAAUAUAUAAAGUGAUUAUUUUAUCUAUGAUGAUGAUUAUUAUGAUUAUAAUUUAAGAGGUAUUGUUAUUCAUUAAGGUAAUACUGAAGCUGGACAUUACUAUAGUCUUAUUAAACAUUAAAAUUAAAAGUGGUAUGAAUUUAAUGAUACUUAAGUAGUUUAGUUUGAUGAAAAUGAAAUCCAAACUUAAGCAUUUGGGUCUGACGAGAGUUAAGAUAAAAUUGGUUUUGGUAAAAAAAAAAAAAAAAAACAUUAUAGAAAUAAAAGUAUUUAAAUAAAAAAUAAUUUUAAGAAGGGUCUAAUAAAAACGCAUAUCUUUUAUUUUAUGAAAGAGAAAAAUAUAUAUACCCUGUUGAACAAAAGGCUGAAGAUGAAAAUUCAAAUAAUGAAGCAUAAAAUGUUCUUUAAGAAGUAAUAAAAAAUAAUAUAUAUAUAUAUAAUUAUUAUUAUUUUUUUGGUAAAAAAAAAAAGAACACUUUAUCAUAAAAUAAUGAAAUAAUCUUAAAUAAAUAUUUUUUUAGUUAAGAUUUUAUUGAUUAUAAUAUAUAAUUAAUAAAUAUAAUACCUUAAUAAAUUCAAAAUAUUUAAUAGGUUGCAAAUUAAUUUUCUAAGCUUAUAAUAGUGGAUUUCUUCUUUAUAAUUUUACGACAAAUAGACAGAUAAAUAAUUCCUUAAUUUUAAACCAAAAUCAAAUAAGUUUUAAAAAAUAAUAUAGAAUUGUCAAAUUGGCUUAUUAUAAACUCUACAAAUGAAUCUUUUAUUUAAGAAAUAUUUGUAGAUUGUUAUAUUGACGAUUUUAAAUAUUUAAUUGCGGGUAUAUUAAUAGAAGCCUUAAAUACACUCUUAAAAGAUUAAAAUUAUAUUUAAAAUAACAUUUAAUAAAUUAAAAAUUUCACCUAUUUAAUUUAUGGAUUUCUUUUAAAACUUCCCGAAAAAUCACAAAAUUUGA